AUAGUAAGCGAUGGAUUGGAGCUGAGGCCAAAGUACAAUGGGAUUCUCCACUGCAUGACCACUGUCUGGAAGCAUGAAGGACUACGAGGCUUAUAUCAAGGGGUAACUCCAAACAUGUUGGGAGCAGGGGCUUCCUGGGGACUUUACUUCUUCUUUUACAAUGCCAUCAAAGCUUACAAGAAGGAAGGGAAGCUGGAAAGUCUCAGUGCAACCGAACACCUAGUGUCAGCUGCAGAGGCUGGAGCCAUGACGCUCUCUAUUACAAACCCAAUAUGGGUAACGAAGACACGACUUGUGCUACAAUAUAACGCUGGUGUUGACCCAUCAAAGCGGCAGUACAGAGGAAUGUUUGAUGCUCUUAUAAAGAUAUACAAGAUGGAGGGCAUACGUGGCUUAUAUAAGGGAUUUGUGCCUGGUCUGUUUGGAACGUCACAUGGAGCACUUCAGUUCAUGGCAUAUGAGGAUUUGAAACUGAGAUACAACAAGUACAGAAACAGAGUAUCAGAUACAAAAUUGAACACUGUGGAAUACAUAAUGAUGGCAGCUGUAUCCAAAAUAUUCGCUGUGUCAGCAACAUAUCCCUAUCAAGUUGUGCGAGCUCGUCUUCAAGAUCAGCAUAAUACGUAUUCUGGUGUGUUCGAUGUGAUCCGCAGGACAUGGAGGAAAGAAGGAAUUCAUGGAUUUUACAAAGGGGUUAUCCCCAAUGUGAUCAGAGUGACUCCUGCCUGCUGUAUUACCUUUGUCGUUUAUGAAAAUGUGUCUAGUUUUUUACUUGGUUUUAAAAAAGAAAAUAAUUAAAGGUAUGAGCUUGUGUUCAUAAGGAACCU